AUGGCCUCAAGUGAAGUCGAAGAACUCCGGCGAAGAUUAAGGGAGAUGCAGCGCGAGUUGCGGGAAGCAAAUCGGGAGUUGCUCGAUCGAGAUGAGCAGCUUCUGGAAGCUUGCGCCCGCGAAGCAGCAGCAAUCGAGCAAGCAGCCCAAGCCGAGGAGGAAAAUGCCUGGCUCACCGAAAUCUACCACCUCAUAAUGGAAGAGGGAAGCUAUGCCGCCGGGUCAGCUCAGGAUGUACUUCAGCAGCGCAACCAGCAACUUGUGCAGACAUCCAUUGUCAUCGCGAAGCUGAAGGCCGAACUUCAGAAAUUGCGGGACAAGAAUCGAGCGUCAGAGGCAAAGUACAACAAGUUCGACAAGUUACGGGAGAGGGUGGAAGAGAAGGCCCAAAAGCUCCAGAAGGAAAUGACGGAUCUCACAAUGGCGAUGAGCAGGUUGAACUACGAUUCUGCUUCGACAUCCUCUCGCAGCGCAACGGAUCACUGA